CACUAAAUGUUUCAGAAAUGAGGCAAGCAGAAAAGCUUAACAUUUCUCUUUCUGUGUCAGAAGCUUGAGGACUGAUAUAAAUGGCAGUAAGACUGGAUCUUCUCACUUGAAGAAUCCUUAGUGAGUUUUUGUUUCAGUUGACCUGUAUGUUCAUUUUUCUGUCGUAGUUUAAAUGUAGCUCUCCCCCAAAAUAAAACCAAACCCAUGCCUUUCUAACAGGGAUAUUUAUGUAACAGAACUAUAUUUUUACAGAUUAUGCAUAAGAUUAUGCAUAUGAAAACUUAGCUGAGGGUCGAUGUUUUAAAAUUAUCCUGCAGCAAAGUUUCUCUUGCAGAGAAUCUAUGCAAGCUCCACUGAUUUGAAUUGUGUUGGAAACCUGAAAUUGAAAAGAAGAAACUCAUAAAAUGUUUUUAAGCCAAGUGUUCAUGAUAUGAUCCAGCUGGCUUAUAGGGAUCAACAACCCCCUUGUGAAUAAUGGUUAAAAACGGAUCCCACCUGGACGUUGAAACGCUGGCAAUGCUCCAGAAUAAAGCUAUCUCCAUCACCCUCCCAGUUGUGUAUACACUCGUGGCUAUGAUCAGUAUCCCUGGCAACUUGUUCUCCCUUUGGGUGCUCUGCUGGCACAUCAAACCCAAAACACCUUCUGUUAUCUUCAUGAUCAACCUAAGCAUCACGGAUCUCAUGCUGGCCAGCUGCUUUCCCUUCCAGAUUUCUUAUCACAUCCAAAACAAUCACUGGAGCUUUGGCAAGACUCUUUGCAGCCUUGUGACCGUGAUGUUCUACUCCAACAUGUAUUCUUCCAUACUGACCAUGACCUGUAUCAGCAUCGAGCGGUACAUGGGUGUGGUAUAUCCCAUGAAGUUGAUCAAGUGGAGAAGAAAAAGAUAUGCCCUGGCUGCCUGCCUAGGUAUGUGGUUUUUCUUGCUACUAGCCUUCUACCCACUAGAAAGCACAGAUCUGACCUACGAAGUGAAAGAAUUGGGGAUUAUAACCUGUUUUGAUGUCCUCAAAUGGGAUAUGCUGCCCAACUUCGCAGCCUGGGUAGCCUUUCUCCUCACGUUAUUUGUCGUGCUUUUCCUGAUCCCUUUUGUUGUAACAGUUGGAUGCUAUAUAGGCACCAUUCGGAAGCUUAUUCAGACAUCAAACAGAUACGGUAACAAGCAGAAGACUAGAUCCAUAUACUUGGCGAUGAUAGUCCUUCUGGUAUUCAUCACUUGCUUCGCCCCCAAUAACUUUAUCCUGCUUGUGCAUAUGAUCAUCCGCCUAUUUUAUGACAGGAGUUUGUACCCUGCCUACAAGCUCACCUUGUGCCUCAGUUGCCUCAACAACUGCAUAGAUCCCUUCAUUUAUUAUUUUGCAUCCAAAGAAUUUUACCAGAAAUUCAUGCAAGUCUUUCGCCCUAAGGUAAUUCUCAGCGACAGUUUGGAAAACAGAAGGGAAAGCUUAUUCUCUGGCAGGACCAUGUCAGCCAGGUCGAUGUCAAGCGGACCUAUGGAUGGGUUAGAGGGAGUAAAGGUCUAUUUGCAAAGGCAAGAAAGUGUUUUUUAGCCUUAGCCAUCCCCAGAAGAAAGGCACCUGUGAGAUCCAUGAGUAGACACAGAAAACAUUUCUUUUUGAAUGGCUAUCCCUGAAAUCCCUUGCUCCAGUGACAGAACUCAAGCCAUACUUAUAUUGCAUCUCCUAUUUCAGUAUUUUCUGGCCAUAAAUGGAAGUGUUAAAGGAACUGAGUUUAUUCAAGAAGGCACUGAAGCAAACCCAACAUUGAUAAUUAUGAGUUGGCCUGGAAUUAGUCCUACUUUAUGAAAGCAAGGGAUAAGUUUAGAACAAAAAUUUCUUUCAGCUUGUAUGAUCUCAGUGUUUAACCAAAGGCUUGUGAUUGUCUGUUAAUGUGAAAUAUUACUGUAUAUGAAUUAGAGCAUACACUGAAGUUGGAUUUGGGGUAGGGGGGGUAUUUUUCUAAGCAAUAUGUGCUGCGUUUUUUGUUUGUUGUCUUUUUUUUUUUAAUGUAUUGCUUUCUCUCCUGUUGUAUUUCUAUAAAAGAAUGAGUAAAAAUAGCUUGUCAUUUUACCAUUAAUGUAUAAUGUAUAGCCACUGUGAAUUCACCACAACACUCACCCAACUGUUUAUCAGAACCAAACCACACUAACCUUUGAAAAGGUUAGGUUGACUCACUAUUUCAAUUUUAUAUAUCAAAAUUAUCUCAUACAAUGAAAGGAAAGCUAGAACUAACAAUGUUUGAGACUAUUUCAGCUGCUGAGUGGAUUAUAUUUUCAUUUCUUGAAGUUAUUAAUUUCUCAGGACGGUGGGGAGCUGUUGGUUUAAGAAAACAGAUUUUCUCUCAUUGACCUACUACAGUAAUAAUGCUGCUGCUCAUAUGUGAUUGGUAUCAGCAAGCCAUUUUCACCACUUCACUAUAGGCUAUACGCAGAAGCACCAUCCCCCUCAGCAGAGAAUUUAGGUUUGUAUAGUGCACAGACAAUGAGUUUAUCUUCCUUAUGGUGAUGGUGUGGAUGUUUAACCGGAUUUUCAGCUGGAUAUAUGAGAAUUCAACCGCAGACUGCAGUGAGUCUGUGCCAGCAGAAACCAGCUGAAAACCUGUCCCUAUGGCCAGAUGUCAGAAACGUACUUCUUUCAAGAGGACAAACAGAAGAAAAACUGAAAGCAAGGCUUGAGAAUGGGAGAUGUACUAAAUACCCUGGAAAUAGGUUUCGGCAGGUUGAUUAUGCAGUCCUGUGUUUGGGACUCCUCUCUGAAAUAUCCUUCUCUAACUUCUUUGCAUAUACUGUGUCAUGUUUUAAUUCUUCCCACAAUCUCAACAACUGCCUCUGUGCUUGGAAAGACAACUGCUACAGAAUAUGCACCAGGGACAGACAAAGGCAAAGUUCUUCCUGUAGUAUUUACAGCUUUUUAUCUACCUUUCACCCUCAUUGACAGUGAAGAGCCACAACCCACCUGACAGAGCCAGACAAGUUUCCCCUCACAAGUGAGACAAAGCUAUAGGGUACCCUUCUGCUGCGCUGCGACGCCAUCCACUGCUGACUGGGAGGCUGUCUUCAACAUCGUGGAUAGUUGGUUCAGACACCACAUGCUCAAAGCAGACCUAUACUGAUUUCUGAGCUCCUCUGCCUAAGACAACACCCAAGGCCCUUAAAAUCUGCCUUUUUUCUUUGUGUAUGACAUGAUUAAAACACAAUUUUCCACCACUAAUCACCACAAAUUUCUUCACGAUAGAGGCUGGAUAACCACAAAAACAGCUGUGAGAUAUUUGUAUGUCCUAUCUUCUGCUAAAGUAUCAUUAGUUUUUGGAGCAGGAUAAAUGUGAGUGGACCUAGUAUUACCUUUCAAAAGCCAUCUCAAGUGUUUUGUGGCAUUUCACAGUGUUAGUUUUAACUGAUCUGCAUAUUUUCUGCCCACAAGGGCAACCUUAGUGAUAUGUAACUCGUCCAAACCUUCCCAUCAAUUUGUCUGGAAGCUACCCUGCGCUACUAGCCCGUGUGCUGGGUGCAUACGCGCGGUGAGAUGGGCUGGCUACUUUAAAUCACCUCGCAUGUGCUGAAAGACAGGAACCCACUGAAUAUGUUCUUGUGUGAGUCUGGGGCUCUGAGCUCCUCUGUUAGCUCUAGCACAUGCUCCAAAACACCUGCUUGCACCAGGACCUCCAAAGAAAGAACGAUGGCUCUUCCUAAGCUGUUCCACAUACAUCAGGCAGAAAUUCAGUUAGUUUACUUAUGUUUUGCAAACCUGCAUAUUAAUUUAGCAGUGCAUGGUUUCACCUUGCUGUUCAAGUCCCAUCACCAUCCACUUUCACAGAAUUCCAUCUUUAUCACUACCAAAACUUUUUUCAGCAUUUUGUGGUGGCAGAAACUUUUCUGGAGGUUAUGCUGAAAUCUCUCUCUUUUUUUUUGUAACAUGCAAGUAUUUUUACAAUGAAAACCAUCACUUCUCCUAGCUCUAAUGCAGAUUUUUAACUCUGUUUUAUCUUGAACCUGAUCCUCAAGUGCUUAGUGCCUCCUAAAAUGUGCUGCAAUGUGCCUGAACUGUAACUGACACCAAAUAGAGUCAAAAGGGCAGAAACUUUGCACUUUGGACAUCAACUGCUAAACUUUGAAAAAUACUGAAUUGUUCCUUUUGCAAGAGAAAAAAGAUGCUCACAACUGACUGAAAAUGUUCUUCUCUCCAGCCUCACACAGCUCUUCAUAGCCCUUCAUCCCUCUUCUGAUAUUGUCUAAAAAGGAACAGGAAGGAUGCCUCAUUCAGGUACCUCUUCACGCCAUUUUACUAACUAGCCUCUAGUUAGCUCAGAUUAGGCAGAAUUCCCAUUUGGGUCAGUGGGAUUGUUCCUCGAGAAAGGAAUAUAAAAAUGAACCCAAUGACAGCAAUCUUUUGGGUCUGAUGGUGUAUACUGUGAAGUAUUGGGGAGGUUUUUUAGAGAGGAGGAGAAGGAAUUAUUUUUAAAAGUGGCCCAACAUACUGUUCUUUAACACUGGAAACAUGUCCUUCUGGGGGACCAUAAGGUAGCAAGACUUCUACCCUCUUUGGUCAGUGGGUGUGAGUUGAAAUGCAUAUAUAUACACAUAUAAAUAUACACACGUAAAUGUAGAUUGUCAUUUGAGAGGUUAUUGAGAAGUUCAUGUCUGUAUUGCCUUUGGUUUGGGGAAUAUGGGUCCUGAGCAACAUGCUUACUUGAUUGCCUCUCUGGUUAAUGUAAUUUUACUGAGAAGACAUGAAUGUAUAGGCUUCUGUUUGGUUUUGGGUUUUGUGGUUUUUGUGGUUUUAUUUUUAAUUAUUGUUUAGCAAUUUAAUCUAUGAAUGUGCUUGGACUUUUUUGUAUAUAUAAUAAAAAAACCCUAAAACAUAAACAGGACAUGAUUUAAGAUUCUUUCCUUUGUUUGCACCUGCCAUGUGUGAGAAACUUCCAAGCUUAGAAGAGGACAGGGAAACCAAGUUAUGAAAUAAAAUUAAUCCGUUUCCCA